AUGCAUUUCCCUCCCAAGCUGGCCGACACAGGCAAGCCUGAGCUGAGCACCAAAGCGAUUUUGGGCAGCAAGGGCAGCAGCCUGCAUGCCGAGGUGAUGCUGGUGGCCCGAUGUGCUCGAGAGGGAAUCUCCACGGAGGGCGCUUGGCUCUACUGCCUGCAGCCGCCCUGCUGGAACUGCAUCAAAACCCUUCUGAUGGCUGGUGUGGCGCGGAUCGUUUUCCAGGAGUCCGAUGAGCAGAGCGUCUUUCAGCGCCAGCGCGAGGUGGCUCUUGCGACUGGCGCGGAGUGGCGGUAUUUGCGGCCGAGCCGAAGGCGACAGGGCUACUUGAAGGGCUUUGACUCAGCCCUGCUGCUGCUGCAGUACAGCCCCCCGAAGUCGAGAUCGUUCGCACGCAGGGCGACGUGCCAAAAGCACCGCCUGCUGGGGGCUCAGGUGCUUCGGAGCUACCCCGCCCCCAAGGCGUUGCCGCCGGCCGCGCGGCCGGUGGCAUCUUGGAAGCACUGGUUUCCCUCCCACCAUGGCAGAGCUGGCCACAGCCCCAGAAUCGGCCGGCCCGAAACCAACGCCAAGUUCCCAUGUUUUGCUGACACUAGAGGGGUGGCAUCAGAGGCGUGGGACAGCAGCACACGCGCAGAGAAGAUAGCCAAGGCGAACUCCGUGUCCCGUUUGGACAACAAGGGCAACAAACACUCCUUCUUUGUCGACAUGUUUCAGGUGCAUGACAUCAGGGACUGGCACUUUGCUGUGUUGGCCUGUGGCAACGCAGAAUCUGCAGCGCUGAACGUGCAGGUGGAGGCAGCAGUGGGAGCACUUUCCGUGUUCGAGGCUGGCACGUUCUUUGACACCAGCAGCUGUCCCGUGGAGAACAGCGACUGGUUGCAGCGGGCCGGCAGCGAGUGCCCUUCUGGGUGCUUCUGCUUGUGGCUGCCGCAGGACAAGGCCCUCAAGAGCAACAACCUAGAAGUGGUGAUGGGCAAGUCGCACACUGCGGAUGAUUUUGUGAAUGUGCAAGCUGACCAGUUUGCGCAGGCAGCAGCCAAGGUCCCGGAUGAGACGAUGCUGGUUUGA